AUGUUGUUAUUAGAAGCUAUAAUAUAUUUGGCAUUGGUUUGUAGAACAGUGCUAACUGCUCCAUCGUAUAUUGAUGUACAGGAUAAACUAUACGCACCUGAUCCUCCUGCUACACAUCACAUUUUGAUGGGGAUAAAAUACUAUGAUGAAGAAGCCAAAAAGGAAAAAGUCGGUGAAGUAAUUAUUGAUUUAUAUGGUACUGUCGUUCCAAAGACUGUAGAUAACUUUGCUAUCAUUGGUAAAGGUUUAAGAGUCUUAACUGGUAGUAGCAACGAAGAAGGUAGUACACUAGUUACUUACAAGAAGACCCUUUUCACAAAAUUGAUUAAAGAUGAUAUUAUUUCAGGUGGUGAAGUACUACCUGGUAUCACCCCAUUCUCUAUCUAUGGAUUUAAAUAUGAAGAUGAAAACUUUUUCCUAAAGCAUGACAGGCCAGGUAGAGUCUCUUUGGUCAAUGAUGGCGAGCCAGACACAAACGAUUCUAGAUUUUCCAUUUCAUUAAAUAUUGAUGGUUCUCCAGAGAGAGAUGGACAUAAUGUUGUCUUUGGUCAAGUUAUCUUUGGUUACGAUAAUUUGGAAAAGAUUCAAAUGUCUCAAGUUAGUGGUGCUUCAUCAAGACCAGAACAUGAUAUCACAAUUAGUUACAUCGUUGUUGAUGAAUUGAAGAUCGCUGAUUUAACUAAAGCACAUAACGAAUAUAUGGAUAAUUUGGUUAAAUUCGAAGAUGGUGAUAAAACUGUUGGAGUUAAAUUAGGACCGACAAGAUCUCAAUUGAAGGACGGUAAGAAGAAGAAAGAUGAAGAAAAGGAAGAAAGAAGAAAAUUACAUGACAUGAAACUUGAACAAAAUAAUAAUCCAAUCAUGAAAGUAUCAAUUGGGUUUGUGCUCCUAUUGGUGCUAUACUUGGUAUCUAAGAAGAGAAAGUUUUUAUUUAGUAAAUCUUCUGCUAACGUGAAUAACUUAGAUAAUGUUGUCUCUAUGAGAAAUGAUUAA